GGAGUUUCCAAGGUCAGGCUCCCACCGCGAGCAAGAAAAACAUUCCCAGGGAAGGGCCAUGGGAAAGGGCCCCCCCCGUGGCGCUCUCAGCCCCAGCCACUGCCUCACAGCCCAGCCUGGCAUCCCGGGCUGCUCGCAUGAGGAGGCAGCUGCGUCCCCCUGAGGAGAGGUGCUGGGUGAAGGCUGAGCCACCCCAGCUGCCAAAUCUCUGGGAAGGGCUGUGCGGGGUGGUGAGGAUGCCUGGCUGUGUAGGGAGGGGAUGGGAGAGGGCAUGGAUGGGAUGCAGGAGGAGUUGCAGGGUGCUGGGGGGGUGAGAGAGGGGAUGGCAUGCUUGGCUGGGUCAGGGGAGAGGUGUGCCAGCUUCCAGCCGGCCGGCUCGAUGUCUACCCCAUCCCCUCUGUGUGGGCACUGACUCCCACCUCUGCACUUGCAGGCAGCAUGGAGCAGCGAGCGGGGCCACCAGAACCAAGACCUGCAGGACCCACCACACACCCGCAGCCCAAGGAAGGGAUGCUGUGGGGGCUCCUUGCCAUCUUCUCGCUGCUGGCCGGGCUUGCCGCGGGCACCCUGCGAACGCCACACUGCAAUGAGACGCUGGACGCGGCCCCCACACCACGGGGCAUGGCCACCGCCAGCCCAGCUGUGGAGGACGGUGUGGAGGUACCACUCGCCGCUGCCUGGAGCCAGCUGUAUGGGGACAAUGCGACAACGGGUGGCCCAGGUGCCGCGGAGCUGGCGGAGGACCUGCUGCUGCGUGCUGAGCGCUCACCGCCGGGCACCGGCAAAGCCAAGAAGGGGGCACGGAAAGCCUCGCGGGGGUCCCGCGGGCGCAACUGCCACAUCCGCAACCUGAUGGUGAAGGUGCGUGACCUGGGCCUGGGCUUCAACUCGGACGAGAUCGUGCUCUUCAAGUACUGCAGCGGGUCCUGCCACCGGGCGCGCAGCAACUACGACCUGACGCUGGGCAGCCUGCUGCGGCAGCAGCUCAUCACCCCGGGGCCGCAGGAGCGGGUCCUCAGCCACCCCUGCUGCCGGCCCACCCGCUACGAGGCCGUCUCCUUCAUGGACGUGCAGAACACGUGGCAGACAGUGGAGAAGCUCUCGGCGGCUGAGUGCAGCUGCAUCGGCUGAGGAGGGGGCUGCCGGCUCGGCCCCGGCUCGACGUAUGCCGGCAGACCCUGCCUUCGUGGCGCACAGCGGCGCCGACGCUCAGAGGAAGGGUCUGGCAGAGGCGCGUUGCCCCCAGGUUGACGUGGCCACGAGGGACCGAGGCGAGACGGAGCCAUGAUGGGGGUGCGGGCAGCACGGCCCCCUCCUGCUCAGUGCCAAGCAGUGGUGCCACUGGCUGACACAGGGUCCUGCCGGGUGCUCAGCCCUGGGAGAGGAGCAGGAGGGUGGCAUCUCCGCUGCUCACAGGGGUCUGCUAGCCCAGUGUCCACCAGCAGUGCCCAGCUCGCCUGUGCCCUGCCUGGACUGGUCUCCAGCACCCCUGCUUUAGUGGAGCUGGGGCCACGAGUCGCUCAAGCUUCAGGGGGAGACAGAAAGGGGGAAGAACCUCCCUGUCCCCCUGGGCAUCGUGGGGCUGGUGGUGGCCGGAGCUGCCCUGCAAGAAGGGGGUGUCCCGUGGGGACAGAAGUGCAGCGGGGCCAAACCCCGCCAGUGUGGGGUGGGGGACCUGCACCCGGGCUAGCGGCAGCCCCUGGUGCUCCACAGGGUGGUGGGGUGUGGGCACCUGCUGGGACCCCUGGCCGGCUCCCGAGGGGGGUGGCAGGGUCCCCCUGCUGCCCUGCAGUGCUGCGGCACUGAACUAUUUAUUACUCUAAAUUAUUUAUUUAUUGUUCUCGAGCGGCAGCUCCUAUUUAUGACUUUGGGCCCCCGGGGGCCGGGUGUAAUUUAACCCCAGCGCUGCUGUGAAGCCCUGGGCAGCGCCCCGUCCCCCGGUGCCCUGUGCCCC